AUGUUCCGAUUAGUUCAACACGCAUUUCGCGCGUCACAUCAUGUUCUUAAAAGACCGUUUCUAUGUUCAAGUACUCGAACGUAUCUUUCCGAUGCUUAUCAAGCAUUCGAUAAAUGGGAUGAAGCGUUGGCAACUGACAUUCUGAAAAAAACUAAUAUCAGUGAACUUUUGAUCGAUGUGGAAGAUAAAUUAAUUCGAAAGAAACAUAUCAGCUCAUUGGAUAUUGAAAUUCUUGCUGCGAAAUUAACUCAUGUCGAAACAACAGAAGAUCUCAAAUUAGCCGAAGGAAUUCUAGAAAAAUUUCGCCAUACACCCGAAGCAUUGGACUUUCAACCAUCAUUAGCAUAUUCACUGGUUCGAAAUUAUCUCGAUCUUGGACAAAAAGAACGUUUAUUACCAAUUUUAGGAGAUAAAGUUAAAUACGGUAUAUUCUUAGAUCGAUUCUCUGCUAAUCUUCUGCUCAAUGCCUUCUUAUUAGAAAAGAAGUACAAAGAUGCCGCACAGAUCUGUGCUGAUUUGAUGUUACAAGACCAAGACGAUGAUCAAUUAACCCGUGCGCUCGCUCUGAACGCUUGUUAUAAUUAUUAUCUGUUCGCGACGGAAGAAGAUUUCAAGAGUGAUGUCGUCGAAGAAGAAGACGAAGAUAUUGUUAAAGUAAAAGUUCAAUUCGUUCGAAAUAUUACCAAUGAUGAUCAUUUCGAUCUGACCGACAAACGGAAAUUACUAGGGAAAACAUUGGCAUAUUUUAGUCGAGAUGCAAAUAACAGUCAUGUGGUUUCUUUGCAAAUUCUAGGUUAUACUCUUUACAAAAAAUUCGGACGUGUUUGUGACGUACUUCAAACUGUGUUAGACAAUGACAAAUUACAAGUAGAUGAAGGAAUUAUCAAAAUUCUAGAGAAAGAAUUGGAUGAAUAUGUUUACAAUCCAGCUGAAUUUAAGGAAAAUCUACCACAAAGUCCAUAUCGACGAUUAGAACUUAUUCCCGAAGCUGCUCGCGUUAUAAUCAAAGAGAAAUUGCUACCGAAACUUCGCGAACAGAAGAAGAUCGUUACAAUGGAUCUCAAACAAUUCGUGGAAACAAAUCUAAUCGAACAAGCAGCUCUUGCCGAUAAACGUGAUACACCGAAACACGAACAACAGAUAGCCAUUUGGACACGCGAACGACAAGAGCAACUUGAUGAUCAAAUUCAUCGUUUCGUUAUCGAUGAAAAAAAAGCGAACCUGAUGGAACGUCUUCGUUUGCUAGAAGAACGUGAUGAAUUGCUGAACUUCUUCGAGAAUGAAUCACGUAUUGUCAUGCAUUCGCAUGAAAAAGAAUUUGCUGAUGAAAAUUUCGAAGAUGUUCGAGCACCGGGUGAACACGAGUAUUUCGAAUUAGCUCGUCAACAUUACCAUUGGGAUCGAAUGGAACCACGUCGGUCUUUACAUUUGGAUAAGAAAUUACGUGAUGACGAAAUGAGCGAUGUACGCGACUGGCCACCGUACAAAUAUCUCGCGGAAAAUUGGAAAUAUGAUCUAGUAGAUUAUGUUCCACUGAAUGAAAAAAUGAAACGCCGAAAGGAAGAUUUACCACCCAGCGGCAAACCUCCGUAUUAUAAGCAAUUCUUUUUCUAG